CAGGCCACCUCUCCUCCUUCAACCUUUGAUCUCUUCCUCCUCCCAUGGACAAUUCCGACAAAACAACGGACAAAUCCUCUUCAUCAUCAUCCUCCUCCAAUUCUCCUCACUUGGCAUUUACGGCAAUAUCCAACGUCAAGCUCCAUGUUCCCAUACAAUUGAGCUUCUCUCAACCAAACUACAAAAAAUGGUGCCGUCUCUUCUUGCUUCUUGUUCGAAGGUUCAAUCUCCAUGGCUUUCUCUCCGGAUCCAAGACCCCUUCAUCCGCCGCCGACGACGAAUGGUUUCAACUUGAUGCCUUGCUUCAAGGAUGGAUUCUCUCCACGGUGACCGAUGAGGUCUCUAACUUGGUCAUCUCCUCUACUUCUACGGCCUCCGAGCUUUGGCGGGUUAUUCAUGAUCUCUUCCAUGACAAUAAACCCACUCGGGCGAUGCAAUUGGAACAUCAAUUCCGCACCACGGUUAAGGGAUCCAUGCCCAUGGCUACUUAUUGCCAAACCCUACGCAACAUAGCCGAUUGGCUAGAUGACGUCGACGCCCCGGUCUCCGAAUCGCAGCUCGUGCUCCAACUAUUGCGAGGCCUACCGGACGAUCUCCAAGCACAAACCUCUUGGAUGCAAUUUCAACAGCCCCAACCCAACUUUCUCCAAUUCCGGUCGGCGUUGUUGCUCCUAGAACGUCAACGAUUGCACUCCAUCGAGACCGGGACAGCCCUCCUGGCCGGACGAACCAACUGGCAGCCGGGAACGAACCAACAGCAGCCGCAUGGCCGAACUGGCGGCGUGGCAGAUCCGGCGGCUGGCCGUGGCUACCCUGGCCGAGGUGGCGGUCGUGGUGGUCAAGGCCGUGGAAGAGGAAGAGGCCGGAACUCUGGCGGGCAGCGGCACUCGGACAGCUACGGAUCCUGGAACUCACUGAACCAAAACCCUAACCCUACCCCGGCGACACAGUUGAAGGAUCGGGCUGAAAAAUCAAAAACUCGAAAGUUUCUUUUGGGUUUAGAUGACGAACAGUUCGGGAGCAUCCGCGGCCAAAUUCUUGGAACCCAGCCCCUGGUGGAUCUUAACAAGGCGUUCUAUUUAAUCACCCAAGAGGAACGGCAUAAAAACGUUGUUCGUGCUCGAGAUGACCACACGGAUGCCAUGGCGUUUGCUACACCUCGAGCAACCUCAAACGGGGGACGUGGCCGUCAGUCGCCUAGCCGAGGGGGAGGUCGCGGCAGCAGGGGCGGCCGAACAGGAGCACAACCGGCACCUACUGCCGUCGGGCAGCAUGGCGGAACAGCAGGCCCGUCAGCCCAUGCAGUAGCCGAAUCCUCUUCCCCUCUCUCUGCAUUAUCAUCCGAUCAAGUCGCGCGUCUUUUCUCCAUGCUAGAAGCAUCCCAUCCCACUCCUGAUAAGUUGCAAGUUUUCCCGUUUGCACUGUCCACUGCGCUGACCGCGUCUCCCGAGGCUUCUUCGCGUCCCACCCACGCAGACUUUCCCACCGUCCAACCAGUGUCUGCCGCCGAUCAGCCCACAUCGCCGGCAUCCGUCCCAGCAGUCUCCGGGCAGUCCCCACCUGAAACCGAUAGCGACGGUGAGUCUGCCCCGGACAGUCCACCGUCGCCUACACGCCCAACCCGUGAUCGGAGACCCCCUGCCAAGCUCUCCGAUUACUAUUGCCACACCGCCCGGACAUCUACUCCCGUUGUUCCUCGCAUUGCUCCGUCUAAGUCUUCAGGAGUGAUAUUGUGAAUUUUGAAUUGAUGUCAAUUGUCAACAAUCUUACGGAAUAUACCUUAUUUGAAAACAACGUUAUGAUUACUUUAGUAUUUUGAAAAAAAAUUACGGAGUAUAUUUUAAAUUCAUUUUUAAAAAUGCUAUAACUAAAUAUUAUCAUUAGAUAUUCUUUUAAAAAUCAAUAAGCUAAGCGCUG